AUGGAAAACUGUCCUGUAGUCCUGCAACAUCAGCUCUACACGGUCCUAGACGAUCAUACGUCCGUUGACGUCGAACUCGAGGACUUAAAGACGAGCAAUCAUGUGCGCCUAUUUCGUCUCCUUACUUUGCGGCGCGACAUUGGUGUGCUCCUCACCUCCACUUACAAAGCUCGCGUUCAGGCCGCCUUUGCAGCGUUCGCUCAACAAGAGGGAACACGAGGACGGGAUGAGAAUAUCACAGAAUCAAUAUGCAACAGUGUGACUGAGAGAGAAGAAGAUGGAAACGACAAGAGAUCCAGAAACAGCAGCGUGCAGGCCUCCAAGCUCUCGGCGCGACACAUGGCCCUCGUCUCCGAUUUCUUCCUGAAGACCGUGGACCGAGUCACGAAUAUAAGUAUGACACAACACCAGCUAGAGAGUCUGUGGGGAGAGUACACGCAGAGUAUUUCCCACUCCCAAGCGCCCGCUUGCCCUAGAUCAAGCAUGUCCGCCGGCCCUGGUAAAAGGCGAGCUGCUCCUUCCCUGCUUCCGAGCAUCGAUGAAGUCACACGCGUUCUCAUUCAUUAUGGUUUUCUCGCGCGGCGUGUCGAUGCUGUGUACGAAGGACCUGCAUAUUGGUUCUCAGCCCCCGAACUCGGAAGUGUGACCGCCUCCCUGCCUCGCGGCCGCAAGGCCAUCCUGGCGGCCCUGGCACGGUCGCGGUAUAAGGAACUUUCGGAGCAGAACUUGGGGGCUUUGCGGCUUAAGGGGACAGCGCUCUCGCUCUCUUUUCAUAUGGCGGAUCUGGUUGGGAGUGGGGAGGUUUUGGCCGUACCCACAGCCUCUGGAAUGUUUUUAAGAUUGCCCGCGCGAACGGCGUCCGGCGCCACUGGAAGAUGA